AUGGCACAUCUGUUCCGUGGCGGGCGCGUGCACCAGAUUUUUGGUGCCGACACGGAUGUAGGCAAGACCAUCUUUUCAACGGCGCUUGCGCUCGCGAGUGCGGCAUGCCCCCUCGAUGGCUCGGCGCCCGCUCGCACGCUCAACGCGCACGCCGCGGGGGAGGCGGUAUCGUACCUGAAGCCGGUAUCGACAGGCGCAGCGAGCGAAGCGGACGAAGGCCACCUUCGCACAUUUGCGCCACAUGUUGAGGCGCACACGCUUGUGCAGUUCCGUGACCCUGUUUCGCCGCACGUGGCAGCGAGGUGCGAUGGUGGGCUGCCGGCGGACGCGCAGGAUGCGGUGCUAGUAAGCCGCAUUGGCGCAUGGAUCCACGCGCAUGCGCGAGGCGCCGCACUCAUCGAGACGGCCGGGGGCGUCCACUCGCCUGGGCCGAGCGGCACGUCGCAAGCCGAUCUGCUGCGCCCCUUGCGCCUGCCGACGAUUCUGGUCGGCUCGAGUAGGCUGGGCGGCAUUAGCACAACGCGCGCCGCCUACGAAAGUCUCACGCUGCGCGGCUACGAUGUCGAUGCGGUGCUGCUGUUCCCAUCGCCCGUGUACGGCAACGACGUGUAUCUGCGCGACUACCUCGCCGAGCGCGGCGUGCGUGUCUUCACGCUGGGCGGCCCGUCGUCGACGAGUGCAUGGGGCCCGCCGCCAGUGCGUGCGCCGACCACCGCGCAGGACUGCGACGCCAUGCGCCACUUCUAUCUCGGUGUCCUGCAUAGCGAGCAGGGCGACUCGGCGAUCAGCGUUGUGCGCCAUUUGCGUGAACUGCACACGCAGCGCAUCGCUGCGCUCGAGUCGCUCGGCAAGCGCGCACACGAGCACUGCUGGUGGCCCUUCACGCAGCAUGCGCGCGUAGGCGUGGACGACGUGAUGGCGAUCGACAGUGCGCACGGUGACUUUUUCGCGGUGCAUUCGCCAGCGUCGCCGCACUCGCUGCUGACGCCCGUUCUCGACGGCUCUGCAUCGUGGUGGACGCAAGCCGUCGGCCACGCACACCCUCGACUGGCACUGGCUGCUGCGUAUGCGGCGGGGCGGUAUGGGCAUGUUAUAUUCCCGAGCGCCGCGCACGAGCCGGCGGUGCGGCUCGCGGAGCGCUUGCUCGCGACUGUGGGGCGUGGCUGGGCCGCGCGCGUGUUCUACUCAGACGAUGGGAGUACGGGCAUGGAAGUCGCGCUGAAGAUGGCGCUCCAGGCGUCUGUGCGGCGGUACGCGGGCGAGGCGCCCGACGCUGAGACGCAUGCGCGCACGGCGCGCGGCCGCCAGCCUGGCUCGCUCGGCGGGCGCCCGCCGCGUGUUUGGGAAGUGCUGGGCCUGCAGGGCAGCUACCAUGGCGACACGAUCGGCGCGAUGGACGCGUGUGAGCCGAGCGUGUUCAGCGAGCACGUCGAGUGGUACCAGGGGCGGGGCUAUUGGAUGGCGCCGCCCACGGUGCACCUGCGUGCGGGCCGCGUACACAUUGAGGUCGCCGACGAAGGCCGCGACUGGCCCGCGUCCGGGGCACUCGCGCAGCUCGACACGAUCGACGAGGUGUACGAUGUGGAGGCGCGUCUCACGACGCCGCUCGCAGCGCACUACCGCCGUGUCGUGCAUGCGGUGCUGGAGCGCCUCGUUGUGGAGGAGCGCCGCCGCUUCGGCGCGCUGGUCCUCGAGCCGCUGGUGAUGGGCGCGGGGGGCAUGAUCUUUGUGGACCCGCUCUUCCAGCGCUGCCUUGUGGACGUGGUGCGUGAGCGGACGGACCUAUUUGCGCUCAGUGAUCCGCCCCUGCGCAGCGCGGCGGCUGGCACCACACCGCCCGGCUCCUGGCGCGGUCUGCCGGUUGUGUUUGACGAGGUGUUUGCGGGCCUGGGGCGCCUCGGCUUUGCGUCCGGCGCCUCGGCGCUCGGCGUGACGCCGGACGUGUCGUGUGUGGCCAAGAUCCUGUCGGGCGGCACGGUGCCGCUUGCGGCGACGCUGGCAUCGGACAGUCUUUUCCGCACGUUCACGUCGUCGACUGACAAGGCGCAUGCGCUUCUGCAUGGCCACAGCUACACGGCGCAUCCCGUGGGGUGCCAAGUCGCGCUCGAGACGCUGGAUCUACUGGACGCGGUACGCGGCGCGGCGCGCGGCACGAGUGUGUGGGAUCGCGCGGGUGUCGAGCGCCUCUCGCACCUCCCUCGCGUCGACAGUGUCAUGGCGCUAGGCACGGUACUCGCCGUCGCACUGCGCACGGACCGCGCGGGCUAUGCGUCGGAAGAGGCCGAGAGCGUCGUGCGCCGCCUGCGCACGCAGGCCGUGCCCGCGGCAUGCCACCCCGACCUGCCGCCUAUGGCCGCAGAUGCGGGUGAGACGCCAGCGUUCCCACUGCACCUGCGGUCCCUUGGGCACGUCGUGUAUAUCAUGGCGAGUCUCACGACGCCGGAGACGGUGCGCGAACGUGCACUGAGCGCGCUGGAGCAGGUGCUGCAAGCAGCUACGUAG